CAGCAUACGACCGUGAACAAUCUUGUAUUGUCGUCGAUUCCACUUGGAGCCAUGGUUUGAGAAGUCUGCCUAGAUCGGCAUAUUCGAGGGGAUGAGUACCCUCAUUGCCAGAGCCACAGAGCUGCUCAAGUUUGGCUUGUCUUGGAUUCGGGAAUGGCACGGUUUAGGUCGGUCAAGUAUUCUGCUGCCAUAUCACGAGUGCAUCGAGCACGACUGUUGUCUAUCCGUGCUUCAUGUCAAAACACUCGAUGGUAGACGUCGCGAUCGCGGCAUGUUUUCCCAAGACAGGACCGAGCUGCACGCCCAUGGUGGAAUAUCCCACCAACUUCCUAAUGCCUGGACCGCCCGAUUCUUCUCCGGAAUUCGUCCACAUCGUCGCGACCAUCGUGCCAGAGCAUGGCAGCAGCGGUGUCUUCACCGUUGUACGUCUUCCACCCGGAAUUACCCGUAGCAGUAGCAACGUCUUGCUAAAACUGUCACGUUGUGGCUACGCACGACUGAAGAGAUUGCAGUCUUGGUGUUUGGUGCUCGGACAACAGUCAUUCGUCCAUACGACCGGUGUGCUUUCUGAUGCUCUCGCACCCCGAAGGCAUGACAGAUGCUGUUGCCUACGAUAGAAACAGAGUUU